UUUUCUCUUUCAAAGCUUCACACAACCUUUGACCAUGUCUCUCUUUAUAUAUUCGUAUUAUAUAAGUAGACAACCACGUACAUGCACAUAUAAAAACACGUCAAAGAAACAUAUAUUUAUACGAAUCCCAUAAACCCGUUUCAGCCUUCAUCGAACAUCUAGAAAGAAUAUUUGAUUUUGUUAGGUACCAAACAAACAAACAAAAAGAAAGAAAUAAUGGUGUUACCUUGGAGAUCAAGAGGAGGAGAAGUAGCAAAGAGACGUAAUCAAUUGACUUCCGGCGAUAUAUCCGUCGUGGAAACCAAGAUUCCCUCUCAGCUCCGAUCAUCAUCGAGGAUGGAGCGGAUUAGGUCACCGCGGGUACAGUUGACACCGCGGGUACAGUUGACACCGCGUGAUGCGGUUGAGAUAAGUCGGAGACUGGAAAUCGCGGCGGCGCGUAAGGAAUAUGCAGAGUGUUUCGAGCUUGUUAGCAAAAUCAAGAACUUGGGAGGAGGAGAGACGAACAAAAAGUAUUUGGUCCAAAACGGCUGCGUUUUCGCGUUGUCUUCUUGUUUCGAAACAUUCUCUGAGGCGCGUGAUAUACACGUGCGUCUAUUGGAGGAGAUCUUGUAUGUUCUGUCUUCCUGGCUGCCUCUGAGUUGGUCAGAAGGUUUCUCGAAGAUGGGUUCAACGGCUUCGCUUAACUGUCUCGUACGGUUCUUGAACUCCACGGACGCUAAAACGAGACAAAACGCUGCGUUCUGCAUCAGAGAGGUUAUUGCAGUAGACAAGAGGUAUGUGUAUGCGUUAACUGAUACCGAAGGAGCUUGUGAAGGAUUAGUUAAGAUCAUCAGAGACUCUGUUUCGACUAGCUCCACGAAAGCAUCUCUAAUGGUGAUUUACAGAGCGAUUUCGUGUAACGACAAGAUCGCUUCAAGAUUCGUUAGAUUGGGUUUGGUUGAACUGAUCACAGAGAUGAUGGUGAACAACAAUGCAGAAAAGAGCGUUUGCGAGAGAUCUCUAGUUGUUCUAAACGCUACAUGCGAUAACGAGCUAGGCAAAGAAGACGUUCUUAGAAACGCUUUGAUCGUUCCUCUUCUAGUGAAGAAGAUUCUUAGAGUUUCGGAUCUCGCGACACAAUGUUCUGUCUCGAUUCUUUGGAAGCUAUGGAAGAAUAACGGACAAGGUGAUGAUCGUUUGUUAGUUGAAGCUCUUCAAGUUGGUGCCUUUGAGAAACUUUUAGUACUCUUACAAGUCGGGUGCGAGGAGAAGACGAAGGAGAAAGCUAGCGAGCUCUUGCGGAAUCUAAACCGUUGUAGAAAUGAGAUCGAGAAGACGAAUUGUGUCGAUUCUUCGAUGCAUUUGAAGAAUGUGAAGAAAUCUUUUUAAUUAAGCAAACACAAUACAGCACAAGACACUAAUAUUCUUUGUAGUUACUCUGUUUUUGGUUUUUUUUUUUUUUUUUUUUUUGGUUUGAAUCAUUAUGUUUCAACAGUUAAAUACAGUUUUUGUCCAUCACUGAUCAAAUCUACAUCAAUAAUUUUACCUUCA